AUGACCACUGAAGAAAAGCUAAAAUCACUCCUGAAUGAAUAUCAAAAUCUCUUCAGUGAAAGAAUUGGCGAGCUUAAAGAGAUAAGAGGAAAACUUAAGUUAAAGAAAAGUGCACAACCUGUGUUCAUGAAAGCGAGACAAGUGCCAUACGCCAUUCGACCGAAAGUUGAAGCUGAACUAAAGAAACUUCAGCAACAGAAGAUAAUAGAACCUGUGAAGAAUAGUGAGUGGGCAACCCCGAUAGUUCCUGUGCCUAAACCGAAUGAUGGUGUCCGUAUCUGUGGUGACUUCAAGGUAACAGUGAACCCAAAUAUAAUCAUUGAUCACUACCCCUUGCCGAGAGUAGAAGAUGUAUUUGCAACAUUUUCGGGAGGAGCAGAGAUACAGCAAAUUUGA